UAUCUUCUUUCCCGUGUUGAUUCCCUUUCUGUAUAUAAAGUCUCUAUCAUAUUCCUCAGCCUCUUCUUUCUUCUAUACAUGUUAAGGUCCUUUAACCUUUCCUGGUACAUUUUAUCCUGCACUGGGCGUAUUAUUCCUGAUGCGGGUGGGGGCCGCCCGACGAGUUUCUCAUGUGGAAUAAGUGAGGACACUGGCGAUAUUGAUCGAUAUUACUCACUUUCCUGUGUGAACGUGACCCAGCGCUCCGCAGCAAUACUGUCACGCUAGAAUAGUCCGCACAGACGCCAAUGUUAGUCAGCGGGUCCAUCGGUGGAAUCCGGUGCAUUGCCAUAGAAUGAAAUGCUCCGCCUCCAUCACAUCCGAUUGGCUCACACUUGUCACGUGACAUAUUUAACCGUCACGCAUCGACGCGCACAGCAGUCAGUUUGGCUGAAGCUGCACGAAGCCAUCCGAAGGCAAAUCUCAUUCUAUUGCAAUGCAUACAGACUGCGCAUGGCCAGCUGGCCUCCCUAUGCAAAUUGUGUAGAGAAGGGACAACUGAGCAUGCGCAAUACUCACGUUAGCCCUACGCUAUUUGCAUAGUGCUGCGCCUGCGCAGUACUACUUUACCUGCGCCCGAUGCUCUACUGUAUGUUCCCCUCUCCUUGAGAGUUAACGGGGAACGGGGAGUAGAGCUGCGGGCGUGGGGUGUAGUAAGCGCUUGCGGGGAGGCACGAGGAUCGCCAUAGCGCUGUAGAUCUAUAAAACAGUUAUGAGCCGUAUGAGCUGAGGAAAUGUAUUGGGCCACAGAGCCCAUGUGAGCUCCGUGUAGGGAGGGGAGAUCUGAGCCAAACUGAGACUGCUGUGCGCGUCCAUGCGUGACGGUUAAAUAUGUCACGUGACAAGUGUGAGCCAAUAGGAUGUGAUGGAGGCGGAGCAUUUCAUUCUAUGGCAAUGCACCUGCUCUACGGUCACAUGAUCUGUGUGGUGGUGUGAACAGGCCCUUAGUUUUCCCGAUCACCACCUCCUGAGGAGCAAAGGAUUGUGGGGCACAGAAGGUUAAUCACACUUUGUCUUCAGGGGAAGCUGGAGCUGGAGGACCUGCAGACGACUUUGCAGCGAGUCCAGGGGGAGGUGGAGAGUCAGCGGAAGCUUCUGGAGACAGAUCACCAGGAGGUGGAGCUCCUCAUGACACAGAUGAAGGACCUGCAGGACACGGUGCAGGCCCUGAGCAGGAACAAGGAAGUUCUGGAGAACAACAACCACCAGCUGGAGCACCGACUCAUCCAGAGCAAAAAGGAGUUGACAGACACUGAGGAGCGCAGGAGGAUGGCGAGCGCUGCUCUGGAGAGAUUGGAGGAGGAUAUAAGGCGCCUGCAGAAGGAGCGGAGUCAUCAGAACGAGCAGCAGCGAGCGGUGCAGCAGGAAAGGACGGCCGCACAGCAGAUCCUGGAAGACAAAACUGAGGAGCUGAAGUGUCAACUGAGCGACAUGAAGGAGGCGCUGCGCCUACUGGAGGAGGACCUGAGGACCACCACCAAGCAGCGGGACAAGCGGUUCCAGGAUUUGUCGUCUCUGCAGGAGAAGGAGCUGAGGCUGGAGGAGCGUCUGGGGCAACUACAGAGAUGUGCGGAGGAGGAGGAGGCG